AUGACGCCAACCACUAUUCAUCACCACCAUACACGUCGAAAGCUGGCUCGUACAUCACCUCAUAUAUCAUCGCCACGAGAAUCGACCAAUGUGGUCCUCAUUGCUGCAACCAGUCCAGAGAUAUGGUUUAGAAAACCUGUGAAUGACGACAGAGACCAAGCAUCAGACGAUGCGGCAUAUAGGGAAGCAACGAUAGAAGUAGUUCAGUCGCUUAUCAACGCAGCUCCGAGAGGAACAGCUCGUGAUCGAGCCAGAGUUCUCCUUCAGAGAUUGGAAAAAGCAACCGAUGGGCUAAAGCGACCUGAGAAACGGGUACGAAGACAGCGGGCUCGUGGUUUAUCGGAUCCUGCGAGUAGCAGUAGCAUAGAACCUGUCAAUGUAGAACAAUUGGAGAAGGAUCGACCAGCUGAAGGUCAUUGGACGGAACAGGUUCAUGUAAAUCAUCUGCAAUUGUCGUGGAUACGAGAGCAUGCUAGACGUGCUGUGAAUAUCGCAGAGUCGAUAGCACUGACAGAGAAUGUGACGACCAAGUUUGUGGCUGAGCUGCUAGAAAAGCCAACCCGUAAACCUCGUCAAGCUGAGCUUGCCUGUGUCAAGAACCCCCAUCGCAAGUCGAGAGUGUCUUCGGCUAUUCUAAUUAAAGCAGCUGAUGCGCCUGGCUCAGAGCAAACUUUAAGGCUUGAACCAACGGAAGUUGGUGUCACUUCGCCGAUACUGAAUACAGCUGUAAACACCCACUCAAUACAGGUCGGCUCCUUGAACAUAGGUGGUGGAGAACACAGGAUUGCUUAUGCAUAUAUAAAAUCAGACGAAAAGGACGACAUCUGGACUGUAUACCUCCAACUUCGUAACGACCCAUCAGCAGAAAGAAUUCUGCCCUUCACGACGUUUGAAUCCCUAUUAUUAUCUGCAUAUAGUCAUGCUCUCUGUAUACCAUCACCAGAACUAGCAUAUGAGCGUACGAUUAUGGUCAUCCAGGACUGUCAUCGUUAUGGAAUACGCCUCUCUCCCAAAGAUUGGGGUCUCUUUAUAGAAUCGUUACAGGGUUGGAAUCGUUUACAUACUGUAUUUGACCUGAUUCCUACCUGGGGUAGAGCAUUCACGCUGGAAGGGUUACGAGUCUUGCUACAGAUCUGUGGCAAGCUUCGAGACGAGUAUGCUGCGGUAUCGUGUCUCGACAUUGUGAUGAAAAGAGUGCAAAUUGAUAAAGAAGAUGUAAACGUCGGUGAUCUGGCACAGAUGCUGAAAGUUUGCCAGGUCUUUGGACUUGUAGAACGUGCUAUAACGAUAUGGGAUGUGCUCGUCACACCUAGAAUUCAUAAUCUAUAUGGGCCGAGUGUCUUGCUAGUAGAGUACUUUAAGUGCUUGUGUCAGUAUAGAAACGAGAAUGUAGAGGCUGAGACUGACCCACGUAAACAUUCAGAUCUGCCACGUCAACAUCUGAAGUUGCCACAGAUUGAUAUUCUCGAGGUUGCUAGACGAGCCUUGAGUUCUUUGCCAUCAGACGUUACAGAGGGUCGGAAAGUGUAUUGGCAGUACCUUCGUGUAUUGUUGUUAACGAACGAAUGGACUACCGCUGCUCAAGCUAUCCAGGGUAAUAUUCCAGACGACCUUCGACCUGUAACUCGAUCCAUAUAUAUUCUACUUGCUACAAUACUUUCUCGUGGGGUCUAUGGCACUCGCGUACCACCAUCACACUUACCACCCAGCACCAGAGCCGACCGAAAUAACCAAGUAUCUAUAAAUGACGAAGGUAGAUAUCGAGCUGCCGAGAUAGUAUCGAGAUUAGGUCUGCUACGUCGAGGAUUACCAAUAGCCAGAUACGAAGCUUACGAAGCCAUCCAACCAAUCCAUCUGGAACUAUUCAAGAUGUAUAUGAGAUGUGGUGAAUUUGCCAAAGCCUUUGAAUACUUUUACACGAAUCGCCAAUUGAUUGCAAAUAACAAAAAAUCGGAACUUGUGGGUAUAAACGAUGCUACAGCACACGAAAUAAUCCAAAUAUUUGCCACAAACAAGCAAUACAUCCGUACUGUAAUGGCAUACAAGACUGCUGCAGGAUACUCGACCAUUGAAGAGAAUGCGACAACAUGGACAUGGUAUAGACCCGACAUAUUGACUCGAGCCACUCUAGCUCAUGCUAUCCGUGAAUUAUAUCGUAGUCCUAGGCUUCGUAAUAGACCUUCACUGACUGGUCUCAACCGUAACCAUUGGAAUCAUCAGAUUCAGACAGUGCAAAAUCGUAUUAGUUGGGGGUUGACUGAACGACGGUUUGCCGUGUUGGGACAGCAAAAAGUGAAUGAUUUGAGUGCUAUAAUGAUAGCACCCUGUUACGUAGAUUAUAUGGAUCCACUGUAA